AUGUCGUGUCCAGCCCGUAUUUACCCAUUCCACAAGCCGAAGAACCAUCGUGUGCCGAUUCCGCGCUGGACACUGAGCUUACCCGAGGAUGUCAAGCAGGUCUACACAGCAUAUAUCGGAGUACAACAGCACAUCGACGACAAUGAGGCUGCGAAUUCCGCAGCUCAAGCAAUCCAGCAGGUCAAAAAAUGGCUUGUGCAAGACGACGGCCCUGCGACACACGAAUCAUUCACCGUGAUCGAGGACGACUCAACUAAAGACGUUGCCGUGUGGGUAUGUUACUGGAAUGACUUGGAGAAGCAUAAAUCGAGUAUGGAGAAACUCUCGUUGUCGUCUAUACACUCCAGCCUGUCGAGUCCUUCAAUCGGCCUCUGGCGCGAAACCUUCACCAGCUCCGUCUCCCGUCUCGAAACAAACUACUCGGGCCUCGACUACCUGCCCGGUCUCGCGCGUCUUCCCCGCGCAGAUACCGUCGAGCACACGUUGUCUGCAUACUGGGGCGCCGCGCGCGAUCGUAUUCCAGAUUCCGCUCACGACCUAUUUCCUCGCGCUGCAGAGUCUCCGCCUUCAACUACUGUGACGAGUGGAAGAGGCAAACACCUCCUCGGGACUAACCACGCCAAUCUCGUGCACAUCCGCUCAGGCCAAUACUGGGAGAAUUGCAGCCAAAUGGAAGCCGACGCAUACGAGCAGAAACUGGAGCCCACACUGCGCUCGGGUCUACAAUACUUGCAGCAAAAUCCCGCGGACACGGGCGCCAUUGCAUUGCGCUACAUGCAGAACGCUGACUUGCCAUAUGAUCCCAACGCACGUCAAAAGAAAGAAUCAUGUGGCGCGGGCUUCUUUGCGAAUCUGGAGGAUCUGGAGAGAUGGGCGCAUACGCAUCAGUCGCACUUGAAGAUCUACCGUGGGGCACUGGCGCAUUACAAAGAGUUUGGUGAUUUGAGGAAGUUUAGAACCUGGCAUGAAGUUUCGGUGAUUGGGGAGAGCGAUGCGACGUUCGAGUAUGUCAACUGCGAUUUAGACCCGGGCGUGGGUGAGGGAAUGAUCAGUUGGAGUGGUUGA